CUUGAGAUCUGCUCCAUCAGUAUCCCUACCUUCGUGCAAUCUCCAAGCAUGUUCACCUGUAUAUCCUGCCGGGUGGCCUUCGAGACCGCUGCAGAGCAGAGGUCGCACUUCGCUACAGAUUGGCACAGAUACAAUAUGAAAAGACGGGUAGCCAACUUGCCACCCGUCCACGCAGCUGCCUUCAACGAGAAGGUCGUUGAGAGGCGCGAGCAGAAUGCUGUCCGUUUGGACCCUAGGGAGCUAUCUUGCCAAGUUUGCAACAAAACCUUUGGCAGUGACAAUUCUUACCAAUCACACCUCCAAUCCCGGAAACAUAGGGACAAUAGCUUACAGUAUCCUGCCGGUCGCUCCUCCAAGUCCAAGGCGAAAUCAAUAUCGGCUGUGGAACAAGAACGGGAGAAUGCGGAUGUGCAGCCGGACUCAGAGUCUUCCGAGGAGGAUAUUGAAGACAGACUGGCCACUGCCCGGCGCCGUGCUCGACCCACCGAUUGUCUGUUCUGCCCGGAAAGGGCACGUACGACAGAGGCAGUCCUGGCUCACAUGAGAUCCGAGCACAGCUUUUAUAUACCGCUACAGGAGCAGCUCGAAGAUCUGGAAGGCCUCCUCUCCUAUUUAGGAGAAAAGGUCUUCAUCGGCAAUCUUUGCCUAUACUGCCCGGAUGGAGGUCGAGAAUUUGGCUCGUUGGAGGCAGUGAGACGACAUAUGAUUGACAAGUCACACUGCAAGAUCGCUUUCGAUACCGAGGAGGACAGGAAUGAAGUCUCGGAAUUCUACAAGAACGAAGUUGUCGCUGAAGGCUCAGAGUCCGAUUGGGAGGACGUUGAUGGUGAUGAGAGCAACCGCUUCGCCACCGAGGACCGAGUGAGUUGUAAGGCUGACCAGGCUGAGCUGACCAUCCAGGGUCACCAUGGAUUCUUAUUGGCGCCGGGGGGAUUCUCUUUAACCUUGCCCAAUGGUCGAAUCCUCGGUCACAAGGCUCUUCAAGUCUAUUACCGGCAGCGGCUGAGAUCCAACCCUCUCCCCUCCUUGACCGAUCGCUCGGAGAAGGCCAAGGGCGUCAAAUUGCUGCUCCAAGACUCGAACAAGGCUCUGGUCCCUACUGCCGGAGGAGCGGGCUCGUUUGGCCGAGGUCUGGAGGUGAUCAAAGCCCGAAAUGCCGGUGAAGCAAAAUGGGCCAAAAAGCAAGGCCGGUCUUUCAAUGAAUCAAGGCGACGAGAAGCCCAGCGUACACGUGUAGCGUUUGUGCACAACAACCAGAAGCACUUCAGGGACCCCUUGCUACAAUGAUCAAGAUUGCGAUCGAGAAAAGCCAAGUUCUCAGAUAUGCUCAUAACGUCAGGAGAUCAGAGAUUUGCCUUGCCUUCUCUGACCAGCUGACCAGCAAAAGGUUGCAGUUGAGCCCUGAGCGAGUCAAUUGUAUCAAGUCAUGCAUAGCCUGUAGUCAUUAAAG